GUGAGCACACCGUGCACGCGUGGCUCCUCGCGUCUCCGUUCGUGCUUGCUUACUUUUGUCAUAAUUCCGAAAAGUUGCACUUUUCCAACUUAGUACUUUGAGCGGAGUCAUUAAAGCAGCACCGUUGUUGACGCGGUCAGUCGAGUCGUCAAAGUUGCUUCGUUUUCAAUCGACGGAGUGCGUUAGCCAGCCAAGCUAACAAGCGCGUCGGCCGAUGAGUUUCGUGGAGUACUCGGACGAGAUCGCGGACGGCGACGUGGCCGUCGUGUACCUGGGCCGCGAGUCCACGAUGGCGGUGAAGGUGCGGCGCGGCGGCCGAACGCAGACGCGCUACGGCGCCGUGCGCCACUCGGCCGACCUGAUCGGCCGGCGCUACGGCGCCAAGGUGACGUGCGGCAAAGGCGGCUGGGUGCACGUGCUGCACCCCACGCCGGAGCUGUGGACCGUCACGCUGCCGCACCGCACGCAGAUCCUCUACGCCGCCGACAUCGCCGCCGUCACGCUCAUGCUGGAGCUCAAACCGGGAUCCGUCGUCUGCGAGUCAGGCACGGGCAGCGGGUCGCUGUCUCACGCCAUCCUGCGCAGCAUUGCGCCCACGGGCCACCUUCACACGGUGGAGUUCCACCAGCAGCGCGCCGAAAAGGCCGAGGAGGAGUUCGCCGAGCACCGCGUGGCCCACCUGGUCACGGUCAGGAAGCGGGACGUGUGCAAGGACGGCUUCGGAGUGACGGGCGCGGCCGACGCCGUCUUCCUGGACAUCCCCGACCCCUGGGAGGCCGUGCCGCACGCCAAGGCCGCCCUCAAAGCGCGCGGAGGUCGCGUGUGUUCGUUCUCUCCGUGCGUGGAGCAGGUGCAGAGGACGUGCCAGGCUCUGUCGGACCACAACUUCGAGGAGAUCGGCACCUUGGAGGUCGUGCUGAGGGUCCACGAGGUUCGCACCGUCUCGCUGCCGCUGCCCGACUUCGGGCCCCGCGUGGCGCCCGUCCCGGAGGCUCCUCCCCUACCCGCGUCCGAUCACGCCGCCGCCGCGUUGAAGACGACCACGCCGCCCCGACAAAUGCCCGCCCACACCGGGUACCUGACCUUCGCCACCAAACCCAGAACGUAGACGAGUUUGAUCGUGAAAUAACGAUGACGUUUCCGUUUUUUUUUUUUUUUUAAUAUAUAUACUUUGUUGCCUGCAUCAAACUAACAUGGCGGAUCACAACUUUUGAAUUUGUAUACAUUUGAUGAAGUUAAGCCAAUAAA